AUGGGCGGGGGACAGAUUUACGAGGCUCUGCAUGCGCUUAAGCCGGCGUUGCUAAUGGUGGUGGUUCAGAUUGCCUACGCCGGCGUCAACGUCUUCUACAAAUUGGCUGCUAACGACGGAAUGAAUUUGAGGAUCAUUGUCGCUUACCGUUUUGUUUUCGCCACCGCUUUCAUCCUUCCUCUUGCUCUUUUCAUUGAACGGAAAAGCAGGCCAAAGCUGACUUGGAUGGUUCUUUUUCAGUCAUUUUUAUGUGCCUUAUUUGGUGGAGCACUAACACAUAAUCUAUAUAUCGAGAGCUUGAAUUUAACGUCGGCAGCAUUUGCUUCUGCGAUGAGCAAUCUCAAUCCUGCUAUAACAUUCGUAUUGGCUUUCUCCUUCAGAAUGGAGAAGGUGAACAUUGGAAACCUGGCGGGGAAGGCGAAAGUAUUGGGAACACUACUUGGUAUCGGUGGAGCAAUGAUUCUAACUUUCUACAAAGGUGUAGAAAUUGAUAUUUGGUCCACAAACGUUGACCUUCUGUAUCAUGGUCAGCAAAAGAUUAGCCACGUGGCACCACCCCAGACUGAUUCUAGCAAUCGUGUCUGGGGCUGCGUGUUUGCCCUGGGUAGUAGUACGUGUUACAGUCUCUGGCUCAUCAUUCAGGCUAAAAUGAACGAGAAAUACCCCUGCUUCUAUUCAAGCACAGCUCUUAUGUCAACGAUGGGAAUGAUCCAGACAGUAGGUUUUGCCCUCUGCACCGAACGGGAUUUGAGUCAGUGGAAGUUAGGUUGGAAUAUCAGGCUCCUCUCAGUCUCAUACUCCGGUGUUAUGGCUUCGGGAGUAGCAGUGACGCUCGUUGCGUGGUGUGUGCACGCGAGAGGUCCCGUGUUCGCCUCUGUUUUCAACCCUCUCAUGUUAUUGCUUGUAGCCAUUGCCGGAUCACUGGUGCUGGACGAGAAGUUGCACCUUGGAAGUGUAUUAGGAUCAAUUCCGAUCGUGAUUGGAUUAUACAUGGUGUUGUGGGGAAAAAAUGAAGAGACGAAGAAAAUCAUACAACUAGCACCUUCAGAUCAAGGCCUUGGUUCCCGACAGAAAUCAAUAGAAAUUGUUGUAAGUACUUCUCCAACUGCAGAUAACAACAAAACUUGUAUCACAUCAGACAACAACAACAACAACAGCACUAAUAAUGGCAGCACAACAAGCAUCAAUAAUGAAUAG